AUGGCUCCCAGAGAUUUUGCGUCGAUCCUAAUCCGUGCAAAAAGCGGAAAUCCGGAGUCUCUGGACCAACUGGCAAGUGCACUCACGCCUCAGACCUACGAUCUCGAUGUGCUGGACACUUUUCUGCGAUUCCUUGACGAAGAUCUCGUCCCAGAUAUCCCAUCAGGUGAACACAAACAGGAGAAAUACCAAGCGGCCCAAUUUCGAGCAUUACCAUGUAUCACUGCCCUCUCCGCCGUCGCGUCCAUUUGUCGGGAGGAACACCACUGGAAAGAUGAGACCGUCAAAAGGCUUGUGGACCACCUAGACGGAAUCAUCAAAUGGAUUAAUUUCCUCCUUUACUUUGGUCUCUCGAUACCCCUCGAUACCCGACCAGGGUGCGACUUUCGGCUCGCGUACUUCAUCCACUCUGCGCUCCUCCUCGACCUUAUCGACUUGGAUACCCGGAUAGAGCAAGCCCUUUAUAGCUCUACCCCAGCUUUGGACACCCUCAUCAAAGUAUGGGUUACCACAGGAAAAAGAAGUGCCGUUUUCCAGUCUUUCGAUCGACGACAAAAAGACUGUCCCAUCAUCCGGCUAAUGCACCGAUGCCUUUCGAGCACCGAGGGGUUACUCUCCAUCACAGAACGCGUCUUCUCGAGGGAGAUGGUACUCAGGGAAGUCUUUGCAGAAGCCUUCCUCGAACGCGCCAGGCAAACCCAAGAUGCGAUCAACAAUCGGGCAAUCCCUUCCACCAAGGCGACAUCCCAUCUUGUUUUGCUGAUGCAGUGUGGGGGACGCAUUCUGAAAUGUCAACCUUUCCUAGAUCUCCUCUUUUCUACUCAUCUUUUCGCGACCCUCUUCGAAUCCUUCAUUGAUAUCGUCGCCAAUUUGGUUUCUUUCGAUCGCCUGAUACCCCUUGACCAGGGAUUCACUCUCAUCCAAGAGCUGAUUUCCAUGGCAUCAGAUCACUCCCCUCGUGCACACAAUAUAGUCUCUCUUCUAUUCCGCGAUGGAUUCAUUGACUUUGCAAGUCAAGCAGUCGCGUCGGUUCCGGAGGAUGCUGAUACAUCGUUGAUACGGGCCGCCAAAGACGUUGUCACGCGCAUCGAAGUCCUCACCUCCCACCCCAACCUUUCCCGAAUAGCGGAAGACCAGAUCAACGAGCUGCUUGGAAACCACCGCAUCGAAGAGGAGGGCGAGCCGAGUGAUCCCUCCCUGGUUUUUUACAAUCGGCAGCUUGACCGUUUCUGGAAUGACAUGUACGCUGUUGUAGACGAGCGCAAUCAAGUUCUCUUUCGACAUCAGAAAAAGGAGCUCAGAUUCCCCGACAAUCCUGUCGCCAGCUACCACUCGACACCGCGCUUCUUCCCGAAGGUGUACUUCUGCGAUAACUUUCAGUGCACCACAUCUCCCUUGGACCUCCGUUCACAAGACCUCAGUUCCAGGAAGUGUUCUGCCUGCUCGUUGAUGGUAUACUGCUCUCUUGAAUGCCAGCACCAGGAUUGGGUACUUCGCCACCGGGAGGAAUGCAUUCCAGCCCGAUUUUACUACACAGACGGAAGGUGCUACAGAAACUAUGUUCGCUCUUUCCACGUUGCGUGCAUCGAGCAUGUCUUCAACCGCACCAUGGCCGGCCAGAUGGUUCCUUAUGCUCCAUUUAUGGCACCAGUCCUCGACUAUCAAACUGACGGAUGGGACUAUUCCGAUGCGAUCAUAGAGAAAUGGUCGCAGCCGAUCUACCGAUUCGACGCGACCAAGUCUCGUGCAGGCAUCGACUUGUACCCCAAGAAAUACCCGUAUCGAACGACCUACAAGCAGCAGCCGUGUCUCCUGCCCUCACAGCAAGCUCGGUUCGACGAGCUUUUGGACGAGAUGUCGCAGCACCCAACGGAUAGGACAGAUGGGGAGGUGGUGAGGUUUGUCGAAGGAAUGUUUACCAUCGACAACCUUGUCGUGCUUCUUCUCGUUAAAUUGCGGCUGAGAAGGUUUAAGGAGACGAAAGCCGCGUUCGUUGCUGUCGCGAAUGUUGCCCGUGUAUUCGCACCAUCAUCCUAG